UCUUGACACUAUUCUCAGCAAGUGGUAACACACUAUUCACGGCAAUGUUUGUCAUCAGUGUUUGCUUUUUAUGACAUUUUGUAAAUCUAGUGUAUUUAAUUACUAGUAAUCAGACCAUCUAUGGGGUGAUGUGUUAAAAAUUUAAUGGUGUAGAGGUAAUUGAGUCUAAUGGGGCUGCUGGAUAAACUGUCAGGCUGGCUCGGCCUGAGGAAGAAAGAGGUUAAUGUUUUGUGUUUGGGACUGGACAACAGCGGCAAAACCACCAUCAUCAACCAACUGAAGCCAACUAAUCAUUCGAAUCAUUUAGGCCCAUUCUCAGAAGACUGGAAACAUGUUAGUCAGACGCAGGCACAAGAAAUAGUCCCAACAAUUGGCUUCAACAUUGAAAAGUUCAAGAGUUCAAGCCUGUCUUUCACAGUGUUUGAUAUGUCUGGGCAAAGCCGAUACAGAAACCUCUGGGAGCAUUACUACAAAGAAAGCCAUGCCAUCAUAUUUGUCAUUGACAGCGGUGACAAACUGAGAAUGGUUGUUGCCAAAGAGGAGCUGGAUACUCUUCUGAACCAUGAAGAUAUCCGCAGCAAAAGAAUACCAGUACUGUUCUUUGCUAACAAGAUAGAUCUGCGGGAUGCCAUGUCCUCUGUCAAGGUCUCACAGAUGUUGUGUUUGGAGAACAUCAAAGACAAACCCUGGCACAUCUGUGCCAGCAACGCUAUCAAGGGAGAGGGCCUACAGGAAGGGUUGGACUGGCUACAAGAACAAAUUGCACAAUCAUAUCAAAACAAUGAAUACAUGAAUGACUGAAAUGCCUGUGACCAUGGAUGCACUGUGGAAGUGGUAACUGGAUCUUGGAGUACUCAUCACACUUGAUGUUGUAGGCCUUAAACUUCAAUGUCAAAUAGACUAGUACUUCCUGUGCGUGCUAUGAAUUUGAC